ACAAACAUUCGGUCUACGCAUUCAGUCAGUACUGGAACCAGUAUUGCUCAAGUCGCGCCGAUGACGACACGUAAACGCGGUGUGACUAUUUAAUGAAACUCUGUGUCGGUCUCUGUCGGUUUGUGUCGAACGAUAAAGUGUUGGAUAGAGUGAAGAAUCAGAGUGUACAGUGUGUGGUUAUGUGGCGGCGAGUGAUAUGACAGCGUGCGCCGCCAGACGGACUCCGGCCGUCUUCAUGAGGAUACUGGUGACAAACCUGGCCCCGAGAUCAUGGUGGCUCCCGAUUCCGAGGCUCCUUCGAAUCCUCGGAUAACGAGUGCCGUAAACGAGAGCCCCUCUGCCGCCGAGGCGCGUCACAGCACCGAUCUUUAUAUACGCACCAGUUGGGUUGACGCAGCCUUAGCACUCUCAGAACUCGAAAAGGGCAACAUCGAGGGCGGGCGGACGUCUCUGUGGAUCAGGGCGUGGCUCCAGGAACAACUAUUCAUUCUCGGGUGCUUUCUCCAGGGAGACGCGGGGAAGGUUCUUUUCGUCGCUAUCCUCGUGCUUUCCACUUUCUGCGUCGGCCUCAAAUCUGCGCAAGUCCAUUCAAGAGUCGACCAACUUUGGGUUCAAGAGGGUGGAAGACUAGAAGCUGAACUCAAAUAUACAGCACAAGCUCUGGGCGAGGCAGAUUCAUCUACUCACCAGUUAAUUAUUCAAACAGCCAAAGAUCCAGACGUCUCUCUAUUACACGCCGGAGCCCUGCUAGAUCAUUUGAAGGUAGUGAAGAAGGCGAUUGGUAUUACUGUGCAUAUGUACGAUUUGGAGUGGAGGCUCAAAGAUCUCUGCUACAGUCCGAGCAUACCCGACUUCGAAGCUUACCACAUAGAGAAGAUCUUCGAUAACAUAAUACCUUGUGCCAUUAUCACCCCACUGGAUUGUUUUUGGGAAGGCUCCAAAUUGCUUGGACCCGAAUACCCUAUUUUUGUUCCUGGUUUAAAAAAAAAUAAGUUCCAAUGGACUCACUUGAAUCCACAAGAAGUAGUAGAGGAGGUGCGGAAGUUGAAGUUCCAGUUCCCACUGAGCACAAUGGAGGCUUACAUGAAGAGAGCUGGCAUCACCUCUGCAUACAUGAAGAAACCAUGCUUGAACCCGAACGAUCGCGACUGCCCUGUCUCUGCCCCCAACAAGAAAUCAGGCCAGACGCCAGAUAUAGCAGCGGAGCUGUCGCACGGUUGUUACGGUUUCGCAGCAGCUUAUAUGCACUGGCCACAACAGCUGAUCGUUGGCGGCGUCACAAGGAACAACACUUCGGCGUUGAGGAGUGCGCGCGCAUUACAAAGCGUAGUCCAGCUGAUGGGCGCCAGAGAGAUGUUCGAAUACUGGGCGGACAACUACAAAGUGCAUCAUGUGGGGUGGACGCAAGAAAAAGCGGCCGCCAUACUCGAUGCUUGGCAAAGGAAGUUUGCUUCUGAGGUUCGACAAAUGACAGCAACAGAAGAAGUUUCUUCGUUAUAUAGUUUCUAUCCAUUCUCGACGUCUACAUUAAACGAUAUUCUAGGCAAAUUCUCGGAACUAUCACUAAAGAACAUCAUCAUUGGUUAUAUGUUUAUGUUAAUUUAUGUUGCUGUUACUUUGAUGCAAUGGCGUGACCCAGUACGCUCACAAGCCGGAGUUGGUAUCGCCGGAGUAUUACUCCUUUCCAUCACUGUGGCUGCUGGAUUAGGCUUUUGCGCUUUAUUAGGUAUUCCAUUCAACGCUUCAAGCACGCAAAUUGUACCUUUCUUAGCUUUGGGUUUAGGAGUUCAGGACAUGUUCCUUUUGACACACACAUACGUGGAACAAUCGGGUGAUGUGCCUAGAGAAGAAAGGACAGGUCUGGUGCUGAAGAAGAGCGGACUCAGCGUGCUGCUCGCAUCAUUGUGCAAUGUGUUGGCGUUCUUGGCAGCCGCCCUCCUGCCUAUUCCAGCUCUCAGAGUUUUCAGCCUGCAGGCCGCCAUCCUACUCCUCUUCAACUUAGGCUCGAUGCUAUUAGUGUUCCCCGCUAUGAUCUCCCUAGAUCUUCGAAGAAGGUCAGCGGCGAGAGCAGAUAUAUUAUGUUGUUUUAUGCCAGAAAAUCCGUUGCCGAAAAGGACUAAAAACAUCCCAGAACGAUCGACAAGAGCCAGCAGAACAAAUAAGAGCAAUUGGAAGGAUUCAACAAAACAACCGUUAGACCCUGCUGUAUCAGCUGAGGAACCUAAGAAAGGUUGCUGUUUGAGUUUGUCGCUUACAAAGUGGGCGAAAAAUCAUUACGCACCUUUUAUUAUGCGUCCUGCUGUAAAGGUUACAUCGGUUCUAGCGUUAAUCGUAAUAAUUUUAACUAGUAUUUGGGGAGCAACGAAAGUCAAAGACGGUCUGGAUCUCACGGAUAUUGUACCGGAAAACACAGAUGAACAUGAAUUCUUAUCGCGUCAGGAAAAAUAUUUCGGUUUCUAUAACAUGUACGCUGUAACUCAAGGAGACUUCGAAUAUCCCACCAAGCAGAAAUUACUUUACGAAUACCAUGAUCAAUUUGUAAGAAUACCAAAUAUCAUUAAAAAUGACAAUGGAGGUCUUACAAAGUUCUGGCUUAGCCUAUUCAGGGAUUGGCUACUCGAUUUACAAGCGGCGUACGACAAAGAAGUCGAAAGCGGAUGUAUAACAAAAGAAUAUUGGUGCAAGAAUGCUAGCGAUGAAGGCAUACUGGCAUACAAACUGAUGGUGCAGACGGGACACGUGGACAGUCCCAUCGACAAAUCACUUAUUACGAUAGACACGAAAGAUGGUCACAGAUUGGUUGAUAAAGACGGUAUUAUAAAUCCAAAGGCGUUUUACAAUUACCUAUCAGCUUGGGCUACAAAUGAUCCUUUGGCGUAUGGAGCUUCACAAGGUAACUUGAAACCUCAACCGAAGAGAUGGACUCAUUCGCCUAAAGAUGUGGAUUUAAAGAUACCGAAAUCUUCACCUCUUAUGUACACACAACUUCCUUUCUAUUUGGCUGGGCUCAGUGAUACUGAGAGUAUCAAGAUGCUGAUAAUGUCAGUGAGAGAGUUGUGCUUGAAAUUUGAAGCGCUGGGACUGUCUAAUUUCCCGUCUGGUAUUCCUUUCCUGUUUUGGGAGCAGUAUUUGUAUUUGAGGACUUCAUUGCUCCUGGCCCUCGCUUGUGCAUUAGCUGCCGUAUUCGUGGCCGUUAUGAUCCUGCUAUUAAAUGGAUGGGCAGCGCUGCUGGUGACUCUCUCGUUAGCGACAUUGGUACUACAGCUACUUGGGACGAUGGCUCUGCUCGACGUGAAGUUGUCAGCUGUCCCCGCUGUACUAUUGGUCCUCGCCAUCGGACGCGGAGUGCAUUUCACCGUACAUUUAUGUUUGGCAUUCGUUACAUCGGUUGGCUGCAAGCGGCGUAGGGCGUCGCUCGCUGUCGAGUCGGUGCUAGCACCAGUCGUUCACGGAGCGCUAGCUGCAGCACUCGCAGCCUCUAUGUUGGCUACAAGUGACUUCGGUUUCGUUGCGCGACUUUUCCUGAGAUUGCUCUUGGCGCUGGUGUUGCUGGGCCUCGUUGAUGGAUUGCUGUUCUUCCCUAUAUUACUGUCCAUAUUGGGACCAUCUGCUGAGGUCCGUCCUCUAGAACAUCCCGAACGGUUAUCCACUCCAUCUCCGAAGAGUUCUCCAGUUCACCAAAGGAAGUCAAGUUCAAGCACGAGUGGUGGGGAUAAAUCCAGUCGCACCAAUAAGUCUGCUCCACGGCCCAGUGCUCCGUCCCUUACCACCAUUACAGAGGAACCUCCAAGCUGGCACAGCUCGGCUCCGUCUGUACAAUCGUCUAUGCAGUCAAUAGUGGUACAACCGGAGGUUGUAGUUGAAACAACGACAUACAACGGAAGUGAUUCUACGUCCGGAAGGUCGACGCCUACAACGAAGACGUCGUCACAUCCUGGUGCUAUUACCACUAAGGUAACCGCUACGGCCAACAUAAAAGUGGAAGUGGUGACACCGAGCGACAGAAAAUCCCGCCGGUCCUAUUAUUAUUACGACCGCCGCAGGGAUCGCGAUGACGACCGGGACAGAGACCGCGAACGAGAUCGCGAUCGGGAUAGGGACAGAGACAGAGACAGAGACAGAGAUAGAUCGAGGGAGCGCGAUCGCAGGGACCGGUUCCGAGACGAAAGAGAACAUCGCGCGUCACCCAGAGAAAAUGGACGUGAUUCUGGACACGAAAGUGAUUCUUCCCGACAUUGAUAUAUCUCAAUGUCGUAUAGACUUUCAUGAACGGGGAUGUUCAUGUUGACACAUACGUUACUGUAUACUUUUGUACAGUACUUAUAUGCGAUUAUAAAUCAUAUUUGUUACGCUUAUAAGAAUGACAUCUUUACCUACAGUUAUAAGAGUGUCAUAACUCUAAAUUGGAAAUGUAAAACAUGUUUUAAGGAUCGCAAUACCAUUAAUGUUCAACGCCUUAAGACAGUAUUACGCUUUAAAUUUAAGUUUUAAUCUGCAGUAAAUUAAUAUAACAUUGGAGGCUAAAUAGAUUCAGUACAUACAAUAGAAGUACUAGUAUCUCGCUCUCGACAUUAUUAUGUAUUAUUUUUAUACAGGAUGGUACUGAAAUCAUUCCAUAGAGCGUGGCACUAGCAUUUUUAUGUUAUGAUUCAGUAUGCAGCGUGUAGUUAUAUCCUACGAGUUCUAACUGUAUAGACCAAAUAUCAAUUUAAGAACUUGGUAAUUAUGUAUUUUAAUUUGUGUGUUCCUAUUUAAAAGACAUUUCCACUCGUCUCCGUGUUCACUUUGUUACAUUUUACAUCAACAAAGACUGUGGUCAAAUUUUAUUCAUAAUUUAUCAUAUUAUUAUUAUUAUUUAUUUUAUAUCUAUAAUUUUAUUAUUCUGACACCAGAGAGGUCUGUGGAAAAUCUCAGAAUUAUUGUACAAAUUAUUUAGGUAGGUGUAAUAUUAGUUAAGGCAUCUAUUUAUGAGAUUACUUAGAUAUGUAUACCUUUACUGUAUUGUUGUGAUCUUUAGGUAAACGUUUAAGACUGCAUUUAACGAUCAAACCACAGUAUUCUGUGUGCAAGAAUCAUAAACAAUGCGGUGUAUAAAGAUCAUUUAUGUACUGACAGAUAUGCUGACCUCAGUAGAAAAAAAUUAACGUUAUGACGUUUUGUGCAAAGUACUUAUUAGAUUGUAUUAAUUUAUACGUAGGUACCUAUGUAUGUAACUUAAUGAUAUUCUGUAAAUAUAGGAUUACUGUUAGUAGUACCGCACUAUAUAGUAGAGAGUGCCUGCGCCGGAGCAAUGGCAGUUUCAUACUUUUGUAUCGGUUUUAUUUUUAUACAAUUUUAACUGACAUUUUGUCGAAAAACUAGGCGAUAAUAUCAUUUAAAGAGAUUUCUAUGAAAUAAUAAAAUGAAUUAGACAUAUUUAUCAGAAUGUCUAUCAAAUUAGUACAAAUAAAGUAACUAAUCAAUGUAAACUAAAUUUGAUUAAAUAUACUUGUGCCUGUAACCUAAAUUGGAAUACGCUUUUUUAAAUGAACGAGUUAAACUGUCUACCGUAUUGAGAAAAUAAAACAUUAUGUAUUGUAUUUUUUGUUUU